ACGUACCGAAUGAAAUUGUUGUGACUCGUUAUCAUUCUUUAGCUGCUAAACCUUCAACAGUCCCUGAUGAAUUGGAAAUUACAAGUUGGAGUGAAACAAAUGUUAUAAUGGGUGUAAGACAUCGUGAAUUCACAAUUGAAGGUGUUCAAUUUCAUCCUGAAAGUAUUCUUAGUGACCAUGGCAAAACAAUGCUUGGCAAUUUCUUGAAGCUUCAAAAUGGAAAGUGGGAUGACAAUCCUGAAUUUGGUGUGAAAGCACCAUUAUCCAAAACUUUUGUACAAACAAAAUCUAUUCCUUCAAUUUUGGAGAAAAUAUGCAAUCAACGACUAGAAGAUAUCAAAAUAGCUAAAAAACAACCGGGUUCUUCACCUCAUGAUUACAUGAAAUUAUUAUCUCUCCAUGUCGCACCUCCAUUAAUUGAUUUUGUCUCUAGAAUUAAACAAACAUUGCCUAAAUAUCCUGCCGUAUUUGCCGAGGUUAAACGUGCAUCACCCAGUAAAGGAAAUAUUGAUCUAUCAGUUAAUGCAGCAGAACAAGCUUUAACAUAUGCAAGAGCUGGCGCUUCCGUGAUUUCAGUAUUAACAGAAACUAAAUGGUUUAAGGGUACUUUGAAUGAUAUGCGACAGGUUCGUGAUAUAUUGGCGACUAUUCCAAAUCGUCCAGCCAUUUUACGUAAAGAUUUCAUCGUGGAUACUUAUCAGAUUAUGGAAGCACGACUUUUUGGUGCUGAUACCGUGUUGUUGAUAGUAGCUUUAUUGUCAGACGAACAACUUACAAAAUUAUAUAAAUUUUCUAAACAUCUUGGUAUGGAACCUUUAGUAGAAGUUAAUAAUAAAGAAGAAAUGGAAAGAGCUGUGAAAUUGGGGGCAAAAGUAAUUGGAGUCAACAACAGAAAUCUUCACACUUUUGAUGUGGACAUGAAUACGACCACCAUGUUAGCAGAAAUGGUACCUGAAGGAGUUAUUUUGGCCGCAUUAAGUGGAAUAACUAAGCGGGAAGAUGUGGUUGCGUAUGUUAAACAGGGUGUUAAAGCAUUAUUGAUCGGAGAAGCAUUGAUGAAGGCAAAGAAUAAAAGAGCAUUUAUUCAUGAACUUUUAGCAUUAGAAGAAUCACCAAAACCAACUGUUAAAGUUAAGGCGCCUCCAAGUCCAUUGGUUAAGAUAUGUGGUGUGUCAACACUUGAAGCGGCAAUGUGUGCAGCUGACGCAGGGGCAGAUUUUAUUGGUCUCAUAUUUGCGAAUUCUAAAAGGCAAGUUCAGAUUGAUCAAGCUUUAGAAAUAGUAGCGGUAAUUCGCGAGCUUCAAUCAGAAAAAGGACAAGAGAAAGUUGAGAUAAUUGAACAACCUCAAGAGGAUAUUAUCAAAUUAUCAGGGAAAAAGAAUUGGUUUAAAUUGCAGGCAUCGAGAGUAAUUAAUAAUACACGUAAACCAUUAUUAGUAGGAGUAUUUCAAAAUCAAUCAUUAGAAUAUAUUACAACUGUUGUAGAUUAUUUAAAAUUGGAUUUAGUUCAAUUACAUGGUGAUGAAUCGUUAGAUCUGGCAAAAUUUAUACCAGUGCCAGUUAUUAAAGCGUUUCAUAUCGACGAUGAAUUCACAAAUCCUACACUUGUAACUCAACCUGGUUAUAAUGCUUUAUGUUUAUUAGAUACGAAAAUUCCAUUGGUUUCUAACGGCAUAGAAGAAAAUAAGGUAGAAAAAAAUAAUGGAGAAGCAGAGGAAA